UUUAAGUAGAAUAUCUUGGUUUAAUCACACAAGUAUUUCCGCAAUUACCAAAGUCUUCUCCCUUUGCCUCUUGGUCAUGAACACAUUGUUGAGAUGGUGCUAAAAGCUUUAAAGGAGCAGUCUCGGAUCAAAGAAAAUUAAAGAGUCGAUUGAAAAGUUUGGCUUUUCAACUUUGGAGUCUGUUUCAUUUCAUGAUGCAUGAUUUCAAGUGCAAGAGAAAUUGUGUGGACCAUAACUCUGACCUUGAAAAAACAAGUGUCUCUUUUUACUUCCCAAAAAGACAGAGGUUGGAAAAGCGAGGAUUUAGAGAGCUAAGCCCCCCCACGUCCAGCUCAGGAAACUCCAGGCCCUCUGCUCUUCCUCUGCAGUGACGGCACUUAAUCACACUCGCAGUAAUGCUCUUCCUCCUCCCCCUUCUUUUUCUUCUUCUCCUCCUCCUCGUCUUACGAUCUGCUCUCCUCUGUCACAGUGAUGUAGGGUCACGAGAAUGGGGAAACACCUUCCAAGGAGAAAACACACAUGCACACAUGCACUUUGACAACACACACACACCGAGAAGUCCUCGCCGAGUGCUGAAUCGUGAAAGAACGGCACAUGUUGCACAGGACAAACUUGGAUAGCAGCAUUUCUCCAAACUGAAGUCUUCAAAUGGAUUGAAGGAAAAAGAAAUGGACGCACAAUCCUCCUGAACACUGAAGACACGACCAGAGAGAAGAACAGGAAGAAGGAGUUCUCCGUCACCUGAUUCGUGGAGCUUUAACAUGGGAUGAGCUCCUGACAUCAGUGAUUUAAGUGCCUCUCUAAAGGAACUUCCUGUUUAUGGCCAGCUGUGCCUUGUAUCCUGACUGAGAGCCCAACCAACCAGAUCCUGGCUUCUGAGCUCUGAACCCUAACCCUGGAGGGGUGGGGGGGUCAACAGGGAGAAAAUGCGGUGCACCACCCUCUUGGCCCUGCUAACAGGGGUCAUGCUGUACCUAGUGAUGGGAGCACUUGUUUUCCGCACCCUGGAGGCCCCCGAUGAAAGUUUGGCGUACACAAACCUGAUCGCUACCAAACACAGCUUCCUCGUUAAUAAGUCCUGUGUCACCGAGCUGGACUUCCACAAACUUGUGAAGGGAGUGGUGUCUGCGGUGGAGGCAGGGCUGGACGUGAACAGCCUUCCUGCAAACUUCACCAGCCGCUGGGACCUGGCCUCUGCUUUCUUCUUCUGUGGUACCAUCAUUACCACCAUAGGUUUUGGGAACCUGUCUCCUCGGACGUGCUACGGCCAGUUGUUCUGCGUGUGUUACGCCCUGGUGGGCAUCCCCAUGUUUGGUAUACUGCUCGCUGGAGUGGGUGACCACAUGGGUACAGUGCUGCGGAGAGCUGUGGCCAAGAUUGAGACCCUGUUCCUGAAACGUAAGGUCAGGCCGACCACCGUGCGAGUGAUCUCAGCUGUUCUCUCCAUCCUGAUUGGUUGUCUGAUCUUCCUCGCCGUGCCAACGGUCGUGUUUCAAAAAAUGGAGGACUGGUCGUUUCUGGAGUCUCUCUACUUUGUGGUCAUCACUCUCACCACUGUUGGCUUUGGAGACUACGUACCAGGUGGUGGUCGGGAGGGCAUGUUCUUCAAACCUCUGGUGUGGUUGUGGAUAGUGUUUGGUAUGGCCUACUUUGCUUCCAUCCUCACCAUGAUAGGCAACUGGCUAAGGGUGCUGUCUAAGAGGACCCGCGCUGAGAUGGAGGAGUUGAGGGCCCACGCUACAGAUUGGACCCAGAACAUCCAGAAUAUGUCCAUGGACUUCCGCAUCCCAAACCCUCUGGAGUUCAAUGACCCUUUCCUCCUGCAGCGCCGGCGCUGGAAACGCAGUGAGCGUCGUCGCAUCCGUCGGGGAGCCCAGGGCACUCUAGCACACUGGGUUCGAGGAGGAUCUGAGAAUGGACACCUGCCGAACCGCUGGGCCGGCCUCUCCAUCUCUAUGAGCCAGCUGGAGGCCCAGUCGUCUCUUGAGAGGGCAGUGGCAGCCAAAUCAAGGCAACGGGUCAUUGCUGCUGAAAGUGAAACGGUCCCUAGAGUGGGGACUGGAUUGAGGGUUGACCCUGUUGUGGUUCGACACGUGGAGGGCAGGUCGUUUCCUCACCGGAUGGCCCGCUCAUUCUCCCUCCCUGUGGCCCACUCCACCUCAGAGCUGGACUCACCAGGUGCAGCCUUACAGGAAGGAUCCGUCUCUGGAUCUGAGUCUCCUUUUGACUCCAGGUCAGACGUCUCCUCGGCCUCCUCGUCCUGCUUGGCGCUCCACAGGUUCCAGCCGUGUCGUACAGUCAGCAGCAUGGAGGAGGGAGGAGCUGCAGGCAUAACCACAGCACCAGAGGAAAAACUGAUUGUAGCAGAGAAAUAUAGAUCUGUAGCAAACAAUAGCCACAAACAUCCACCUGCUCCUUGUUUGCUCCCUCGCUCCUCCCCUAUUCCCCAUUUUGUUAUUCCUUCUCGCAACCCAAUCCUCCUACCCUCCCCUCCCCUCCACAGCGCCUCCUCAGCCAGCUGCCAGUUGUUGGAUUUCUUUGGAGAGAACCUGGCGUACAUCGACGAGUCCUCAGACACUCUUAGUGACCGUGCCCAGCCAGCAGCCAGCGAGGAGAGAAGGAGACGACCACGAAAACCCAAGAGGAAGAGCAUGAGGAGGCAGCUGUCACACAGGUUGAGCCCCAUGCAGGUGAGGAGGCCCAGCUGUGACAUGCAGCCGCCUUCAAAUCCUCCUACACCACCUCCAGACUCUUCUCAUUCAGACCGGCCCCCAUCAGAGAACCACACAGAUUCAGCUCCGACACUCUGACAGGCACAAAAUCAAGACACGUUCACGCCAAAGCUUACAACAUAUUCUGUAUAUACCACAUGCCAUGAAUGUAGCAGGUGUUUCAGGAUAUUUUUUUGAUGUUUAUCCUCAAAGUCAGCCCACAAAUGUUGCUUCAUCUCGCAGUCUAAUGUUUAGCAGGUAUAAUAUUCACCAUGUUCACUGUCUUCGUUUAACUAGGUGGCCCUAGGUGAAAAGUCAAGGAUUAUGUGUCCCAAUACACACAUUUGCAGUCUUGAGUAAUUAAGUGCACGUUCACACACCCACAGGUGUAGACAAGUUGUGUACUAACACACAGUACACUUAAUCCAGCUGAUGCACACUUUUCAUUCAGAGUGUAUUCACCACGCCACUGCAAGCCACGCAGUAGAUGUUUAAUAUUUUAGUCUGGACUAAACUGACUCAAAUGAAAAUUAAACUGACUCACUAGGAGCUCACCAGGUUGCUCCUAAAAUGUGAUUUUUAAAUUAAACCUAAAGCGAGCAAUUUUAAAUGAGAUCAGGUUUUCUUUAAAAAUCGACCACACCUGGAAGUUUCACUGAUUUAAAGAGACUAUGAGUCACAUCAUUAUUCAUCAUUACACAUAAUUAUCUACUUUGUUGAUCUGAUCUGAGCUCAGUUGAUUCUUGACAGACGUAUUUAACAGUAAAUCUCAUAUUUAAGCACCUUUGUGAGGCUUUGUGAGCGUUUUAUAGCUGAGGAAGGCUGCCUCGUCGCAAACAACAUGAAAAAAAAAACUUGUGACAUUAAAAGGCAAAAAGAACAGAGGAAGAGACUUGAGGUGGUAUUUUACAAAACAAAUGUGUGUGUGACUCAUUUAGGAUGUCACAAAUCACAAAACAAGAAAAAAGGGCGUCUGGAUCUGGGUGGCUUACCGCUUCAGCUAAAAUAAAUCCCUCUGGAAAACCCUACAGUGAGAAUCUGAACCACAACAACAGUACAGUACAACAGUACCAAAGCACGACAGGGCCAUCAUUCACCCUCAGACCGGUGUCAGUCCUCUUCCUAACACGCUCAUAGUCCUACAAGUCCUAGUACAACACUUUUUUUAAGGCGUCCAGCUGUUUGAGGGAUGAAGCAGGUGGUUUCACUGCUGCCACUAAAGGCUCUGUGAUCUGCUGGUUCAUGGAGCUGCUCUUGAAUGUUUUUAAAAAUCAGCCCUGUCUACUGCUUCGUGAGCUCCUUACACCAUGCAAAGUGUCUCUGUGUGCUCGCCUUGUAUAAGGACUUAUAUUGUAUAAUAUAAGUCCUCACAGGGCUAUUAAAGCAACGCUGAGGUUAUUUUUAAGUUUGUGGUGUUUACCAACUAUACUAUCAAGCGUCUUUAAGUCACUGUUGGCAGGAUUCUGCUUGUGACCAUUUUCCUUCUUGGCUGAUACUGUUUGUUAGUGUAUUAUUUUUAAAGACUCUAACCGUUUGCCACCUAAAUAAACUGCAGGUUGUUCGACUUGUGUACACACCUUUCCAUGUGGAGUUUUUGACCAGGAUGCGGUGGAAGCAUGUCAAGAAAAACAGUAAAGUGCCAACAAAGACAGCGCAAAAUAAGAAUACAAGUAAACAAUGCUGGUUUCAGACAUUAAAGAAACAUCUGCUUUAAAAAAUGUUUUUGAGGCAGGAAAUGCAUUCAACACGUUUGUUAGACCUCAGGCAUUCCCACAGUGUGUUUUGGUAAGUAAUAGUGAAUGUAAACAGAAACGUUGUUUACAAGAAAACUCCACAGAGCGCCUUUAAAUGUGAUUUAAAGUGAUGAGUGAUACAAAACUGCAUCUGUGUCCAAAUUUCAUACAAUUUACUCAUUGUAACUCGCUCACAAAAAGGGUUACUGUUCUUACUAUAAAACCGUUUUUAGGGUAGAGGCUCAAUGUGUAGCUGGCAAACAAUGAAAGUACAGUUAAGAUUAAAUUUAAAAAAAAAUCUCUUUGUAAUGUUUAAAAAGUUUGAUGUUAAAGUGUCCUAAACAAAAUAUAUUAGUAUAUAGUACAGACUGUACAACACAGCUGGAGAGUAGGGGAUGUGUAAUGACCUGAUUGUGAACUCUGAAAGUCCUGAAUGAACUCAGUUCUCAGUGGAUGUGGGAUAAACAUUAAGUUCCUGCUUACUCAGGAUCAGGAACUAUGACAAGAGGCUAUCGUGGCAUUAUGCCCUCCACCAGCGCCAAAAUAAGAAACUGACUGAAUCCACACUCAAUAUUCAGGCUCCCGCAUAUUUUGUCAUUUGUUGACAGAAGGUUGGAAGGAGAGAGACGUUCACAUGGCACUUUACCGGUGUGCUGACCACCAUCAGCAAUAACAUCAGACUCCUGACUUAUGGAGGAAAGAAGGUGGAGAGUCAGGGCGUUUGAAUUGCACCUCACUGAUGACUCAAGUCUUCAUCAGUUUCAGACUAAAUAUGUGGCCUUAGACUCUAAUUUGUCUUUCAGACUGCGUGGCACAGGUUGUGUAAAGUGUAACACACUCAGAUUAGUUCAUUUGUGCCACAUUUAUCCUCAAAAAUAAACUUUUUAAAGUCACUAAUUUACUAGAUUUUGAGUAAGAUUUGCAAACAUUGUCAUAUCUAUUUCCUCCUGUCAAAUAUCUGUAAAUGCCUGUCGAAUAAGGGCUUACUAAAAUCCUCAUUUUGAAUAAAUGUAUUUGUUUUGUUAAUUUAGGUAUUAAAGCCAAAUGUCAAUUAUAAAUCUCAGUGUUAAAUAUACAACCUUAUUCAAACUCAAUGCCAAAUGUAAGGAAUGUUUGUUUUUUAAUCUGUAUCAUGCCAAAUACAAGAACAAGAACAACUUUGCAUCAAACAUUAAGAUGUCUUCCAAUAACAACUAUACAAAAACAUGAUGUACGUAUGUAUGAACGUCUACAAACCAAAUUGUGCCCUGAACAUCAGAAUAAAGUAAAUAAAUGGUUCAA